AUGUCGUCGGAGAUCGAGGUGGUGGAAGAGGUUCAGCCAUUGAAACAAUCGGGUGCCGUUUUAACGAAUGGAAUUGUAUAUGGGCAACCGUAUGAUGGGGUUGUUGGUGAUCAUAAUUAUUACGAGAGCUUGAGGACCGAUAUAUAUAGCGCUGCUGCUUAUGGGGAUUUGGAGACGCUUCAGAGGCUGGUUGAACACGAGGGUUGCUCUGUUUCCGUGCCUGAUGCCCUUGGUUACUACGCCCUCCAGUGGGCCGCUUUGAAUAAUAGAACUGCCGUUGCCCAUUAUAUCAUUGAGCAUGGUGGAGAUGUUAAUGCGAAAGAUUACAGUGGGCAGACGGCCUUGCAUUGGAGUGCAGUACGAGGUGCAAUACAAGUUGCUGAGGUUUUACUCCAAGAGGGUGCUCGGGUGGAUGCUGCAGACAUCUAUGGCUACCGGAUAACACAUGUUGCUACACAAUAUGGUCAAACUGCUUUUCUCUAUUAUGUUGUUUCAAAAUGGAAUGCUGACCCUGAUGUUCCUGAUAAUGAGGGACGGAGCCCUUUGCACUGGGCUGCUUAUAAAGGUUUUGUUGACUGCUUACGUCUUCUUUUAUUUCUCGAUGCACAUAGAAGACGUCAAGACAAAGAAGGUUGCACCCCUCUUCAUUGGGCAGCUAUUAAGGGUAAUCUAGAAGCUUGCACAAUCUUACUUCAGGCUAGCAAGGAGGGCUUGGGAGUCACUGAUAAUUCUGGCCUUACACCUGCACAGCUUGCUUCUGAAAAGAAUAACAAAAAAGUUGCAUUUUUACUUGGAAAUGCUAGAAGGUUACACGAAAAUCGCCGUGAUGGGAACUGCAGCCUUGGACAACUUUCUAAGUUAGGAUUUGCACCAAUUCUUCUCAGCCUUAACUUGCUACUUCUGGGGGCCUAUAUUCAGUCUGUCAUAAUGGCAUCAAAUCUGCCCAAGUUGACUGCUCGAUUUGCCUUUCUGGCAUGGUUGGGUGUUUUCCUAGAUUCUGCUAGUUUGGUUUGGUUUUAUAGGUGUAGCAGCAAGGAUCCCGGUUUCAUCAAGAGGAAUGUCCAUGAUCAUCAAGAUAUGAAAGAUGAUGAACCUUUAUUGAAGAUUGAGGUAAAUAAUCCUGCUUUGCUAGCUGGAAAUUGGUCUCAGCUUUGUACAACAUGCAAGAUUGUCAGGCCUCUUCGUGCCAAACACUGCUCCAUUUGUGAUCGUUGUGUCGAGCAAUUUGACCAUCAUUGCCCUUGGGUAGCAAAUUGUGUUGGCAAGAAAAACAAAUGGGAAUUUUUUGUUUUCAUUGUUUUAGAAGUUUCAGCGAUGUCGAUUACUGGUGGAGUCGCUAUGACAAGAAUCUUGACGGAUCCAAUGGCUCCAUCCGCCUUUUCACCAUUGUUGAACCAUGCUCGUACUCAUCAUAUUGGUGCAUUAUCAUUUUUGAUUGCGGAUGUUCUCCUCUUAUUUGGAGCGGCAGCAUUAACUAUUUCACAGGCUUUUCAGAUAUCUCGGAAUAUAACAACAAAUGAAAUGGCAAAUAUCAUGCACUAUAGUUACCUCAGGGGUGCUGAUGGUCAAUUUAGAAAUCCCUAUGAUCAUGGAUGCUGGAAAAACUGUUCCGAUUUUCUGAUCAACGGCUACCAUGAAGAUGUGCCGGUUACUGAAGAUUCAGUAGAUUCCAAAGGAACUGGGUUGAUACUAAUGUCAAUGGAACCGAACAUGCAUAACGACGAUUUGCAUGCUCCAGCGAACGGAAAUGGCCAUGUUAUACAUGUUAAUUCUAGCAACACCAAUGCACAUCAUGGCCUUGUUCAUUCAUUGCACUGCAGCCAUUAA